AUGCGCGCUGUACUUCUGACCCUGGCCUUCACGGCCCUCGCUGCUGCCGCCGACGACGCCACGACAACUGUGGGCUACUUCGGCGGUGGAGAAUGGGAGAACACCGACGAUGAUGACUCUCUCCCUUUGAUCCCUUCCUACACAUCCAUCGCCGCCUCCGUCGUUGAUGUCAACGCCGUGGAAACCGUCCUCGCCAUCUCCUGCCUCGAGGGCGCCGCCACGAAGUCCUGCUCCAUCAAUGACCCCUGGACCAUGACCCAGGGCAUCUCAUCUUUCAGCUGGUACGCCGAGUACACGGCCUUCGACUGGGAGCCGCCUGUCACGGCGACGCUCGACUACAACUGCGCCUACCAGAACUACACGCUCAGCGCGACCUGCACGUACAGCAUGAGCUACUCGGGCUCUGCGGACGGCGCGGAGACUUCCACCAGCUACAGCACCGAGACUUCGUGGGAGAGUGUGCCGACGUAUGCUGCGCUUGAGGUUACCGGAGGCGUGGAGAAGUUUAAUGAGCCUGAAGCGACUGAGACACCGGAGGGAGGGGCUGGGUUUGCUGGGCCUCUGCAGGCGAUGGUGACGGCUGCACCGGUUCUGGCGGCUGGUCUUCUUGGUAUGCUUUGA